CGGCCUUGGAAAGGCUUCCCGGGCAACCACGUGACGCUGAGUUUCCGACAGUAGGUCCUCACCGUUGGCGGCUCCUGGAAAGUUAAGGAAAUCCAAGGACGAAAGCUCCCUGCCGUGCCCAAGCCGAGUCCCCAUGGCCUUGCUGAGCCGAGCCCUGCGUGUGGCCGCCACCUGUCCUCGCCGGAGCCCUGCCCAGGGCUUGGGGCUGCGACUCCUGACCAGCGGGGCCCGGCCCACCCCUGAGAAGAAUGUGCCCUACCAGCAGACCCUGAAAGAGGCACGGGAGCCCUGCGCAGGCGCCCGGGGCCCAAGCCGGCCCCUGCCCAGCACAGCCAAUGUGGUGGUCAUCGGCGGGGGCAGCUUGGGCUGCCAGACCCUCUACCACCUGGCCAAGCUGGGCGUGAGCGGGGCAGUGCUACUGGAGCGGGAGCGGCUGACCUCCGGGACCACCUGGCACACGGCGGGCCUGCUGUGGCAGCUGCGGCCCAGCGACGUGGAGGUGGAGCUUCUGGCCCACACGAGGCGCGUGGUGAGCCGCGACCUGGGGGAGGAGACGGGGCUGCACACGGGCUGGAUCCAGAACGGGGGCCUGUUCAUCGCGUCCAACCGGCAGCGUCUGGAUGAGUACAAGAGGCUCAUGUCGUUGGGCAAGGCCUAUGGCGUGGAGUCCCACGUGCUGAGCCCGGCAGAGACCAAGGCCCUGUAUCCGCUGAUGAAUGUGAAUGACCUCUACGGGACCCUGUACGUGCCGCAUGACGGCACCAUGGACCCCGCCGGCACCUGCACCGCCCUCGCCAGGGCCGCCACUGCCCGGGGAGCGCAGGUCAUCGAGAACUGCCCGGUGACCGGCAUCAGUGUGCGGACGGAUGAUUUCGGGGUGCGGCGGGUCGAGGCUGUGGAGACAGAGCACGGCUCCAUCCAGACGCCCUGCGUGGUCAACUGUGCAGGAGUGUGGGCAAGGGCCGUGGGCCGGAUGGCUGCCGUCAGGGUCCCGCUGGUGGCCAUGCACCAUGCCUACGUCGUCACCGAGCGCAUCGAAGGGAUCCAG